UGAGGUGAGUGCUCUUUCGCCCAAUGUGCACAACGUUGCAUUUGCGCUUCCCGAUUGGGCAGUUUGUGUGGCGCAGUGCGUCGGUUGGGGCACGUAGUAAUGUCCUUGCGCGUCUCUGGCUGUGGAACGACGCUCGGUUUAGCAGUGGCUCUGGGGCUCGCUGGGCUUGUAGUGUCAACACCACGCCGGGCCUACUCGUGUGUCCUUCUGCUAUACCACACACACAUCAAUCAAAGCACUCUGUCGUCUCCCUCUGAAGAACUCGCCCUGCCUGGUGGUCCAUGGGCGAAGGAUGUCUCCACGUUCUGGCCCAUGUCCUCCUCUUCAGCCACUGUCUUCUAAAUUUAGACUGCACAUUACACCCAGACACCACUUGCUUCGGCGUUAUUGCCGGAUUGGGCCUUCCACGGGGUUGGGAUACACAGCUUUGUUAGACAUAUAAAGAGAGAGAACGCUCAACACCUUC